AAGACUCCUGAAUUGAGCGUUGUAUAUUUUCCUUUCUGGUUUUUAUUAUUUGUAAAUUGUUUCUUCAGCCACCAAGUGAUAACAACUGUUUCUGAGCAGUGUUUACCUUGGUGAUAACUUCAUCUCCCCCCCGUUGUUCAAAGUGAUAAAAUACAGCCCUCUGGACGUGGGCAAGGUGCUCCCUUCCUGUUAUUCGUAAGCUGAUAUGAAGUAGACAGGCACCUUCUGAAGUUUUCUGCAUGCUGUGUUUUCUCUCCUCACUGCAACAAGAAAAGCCUUUUCUUUUAACCUGGCUGCCUUUGAAGAAGUGACUCAGACAUCUUCAUGGCCUCUAAAGAUGCACAGAACCAAAGAAGCAGAGGUCUGCCUGGUUUUCUUCCUGGAGCUCCAGACCCAGACCACAGCCUUCAGGUCUCACCUCCCAAUCCAGGGCACCGAGCGUGGCAGCCGGGUCUCCGUCCGCCAGGCAGUCUCCCUCCUGGUCUAGAACAUUUAAGCCAGUUAGACCUGAUAAUUAUACAUCAGCAAGUGGAGCUUCUUGGAAUGAUACUUGGGACUGAGACCUCCAACAAAUAUGAGAUCAAAAACAGCUUGGGACAAAGAAUUUACUUUGCAGUGGAAGAAAGCAUCUGCUUCAAUCGUACUUUCUGCUCCACACUGCGCGCUUGCUCUCUGAAGGUCACAGACAACUCUGGUCGGGAGGUGAUGACAGUAAACAGGCCCCUGAGGUGUAGCAGCUGCUGGUGCCCUUGCUCCCUACAAGAGUUACAAAUCCAAGCUCCUCCUGGUACUAUAGUUGGUUAUGUUACACAGAAGUGGGAUCCCUUUCUGCCUAAAUUCACAAUCCAAAAUGCAAACAAAGAAGAUAUUUUGAAAAUUGUUGGUCCUUGUGCAACAUGUGGCUGUUUUGGUGAUGUGGAUUUUGAGGUGAAGACCAUUAAUGAGAAGCUCACAAUCGGGAAGAUUUCAAAGUACUGGUCAGGAUUUGUAAACAACGUCUUCACCAACGCUGACAACUUUGGAAUUCACGUUCCUGUGGAUCUGGAUGUGACGGUCAAAGCCGCCAUGAUUGGUGCUUGUUUCCUCUUUGAUUUUAUGUUCUUUGAACAUUCACUGGCUGGACUAUAACAAGCAAGAUGACAAAAACCAUAAAAUAUGCAGAACACAUUUCA